AUGGAGUCAGACCUCUCACAAGCCUUCCAGGAAGAACUCACCUGCUUCAUCUGCAUGAGCUACCUUACAGACCCAGUCACCAUAAGCUGUGGCCACAGCUUCUGUCGAGCCUGCCUCCACCUUUUCUGGGAAGACAGCCAGGUUCCUGUCCAUUGCUCUAUAUGUAGGGAGCCAUCCCAGCAGAAGGAUUUCAGAACCAACAUUGUUCUGAAGAAGCUGGUGUCCAUUGCCAGACAAGCCAGCCUCGUGAAGUACCUGAGCUCUGAGGAGCAACAGUGUGUGACCCACAAGGAGACCAAGAGAAUCUUCUGUAUGGAGAACAGCAUCUACCUCUGUCGACUCUGCUCUGACUCCCAUGAGCACAGAGGUCACAGACACUGUCCCAUUGAAGCAGCUGCUGAGGGUCAAAUGGAAAGACUUCUGAAGCAAAUGGAAUCAUUAUGGGAGAAGAUCCAAGAAAAUGAAGAGAAUCUGGAGGCAGAGAAAAGAUUGAUAACUCUGUGGAAGAUCCGCUUGAUUGUAAAGGAAGAAAUGAUAAGGGCAAAGUACAGGAGAUGGUAUCCACUCCCCAGUAAACAGGAAGAAGAACAUAUUGAGUGUAUGAAAAAAGAAGCCAAUUAUUGUUUAGAGAAACUUGCAAAAAGUGAAGCCAUGAUGGUCCAAAAAAGCAAACAAUUAAGAGAAGUGUAUCGAGAGCUGAUGGCGAUGUCCCAGGAGCCAUAUGUGGUACUGCUCCAGGAUUUGGAUGACAUAUUCAGAAGGAGUGAGUCAAUGCAACUGAGCAAGCCCCUGGCUAGGAAACCAGAACUCUAUGCCCUUGCCCUCAAUGGGCUGACUAAAAGGUUCAACUUGUUCCAAGCUGGCGGCGGUGGUGAAGAUCGAUGUUGUCGAGGUCGCUUCCAUGAAUAUAAUUGUACCAUGGCCAAUAUUGGAAUAUCUUCUUUGGGAGCCAUAAGCGUCAUUCACCCUGCAGAGACACAAGACCCUUUCCCUUCCACGACUAGUAAUGCAGGCUGUCAUUCAGCAUCUAUGGCAAUUUUUCUGGAAGUUCAACAUUUGGAGUAUAAGCAAAAAUAUUUCUCUACUCUGGUUAUGAUAUCCCCUUGGGGCAAAUUUAAGAAACUUGAUAUGAAUUAA